AAUCAACGCUGCGUACCAUGUGAUCGGAAAAAUCGAAAUGGUGGACGUAUUGGGACGCAGGAUCCCGAGAGGAGACGAAGGACGAUAAACUGGGCAAGCGCUCAUGAUUCGUGUCAUCGGUAUUAUCAAUCUAAGAACACGAUUAAGCACGAGUAUUAGUGUAAUUUCCAGUAGAAUCGACGACGACUGAACUAACGCAAAAGUAUCGGUGACAGUAGAUCUUGUUUACUGAAGUGUCAAUCCGCCCGUAUUGUACGUGUAUUCUCCAAGUGCGAACAGAAAACAGAAGAACAGUGUAUAUCGAGUACGCGAGAACCACAGCUGUACAUAUCGUUCUCUCGAUAAUACGUUUUUGUAACGGUGUAUGAAGAAAGAGAAUAUAUUUUGAAUGUAUGAGCAAGAUGGAAGAAAACUGAAAGUUGUGAACAGACGGCAGUGCAUUUACAGUAAAAUUUCAAGUUUUUGGAAGCAUGACCAAGAAUGCGCGCGCGAGAGUUUUGAUAAUUUAUAAGAAUGUGUCACACUGAGCAUCUUGUUAUCAGUAACGGAGGUAACAAAAAUAGUUUAUUUGAGUAGGCUUGUAUGUUUUCAUUACAUUCUUUGACGAUGAUAUGUAACAACUAGUAAGUGUCAUGCCUGAACAAGAAAUUCUUGAUGACUUUAAGCCCGGUUUACUCUGUUGACGUUCACACUCACAGAUCGUUGCUGAUUGGUGGUAUGGUCCAUGACCCGCCAAUCGGCAUCGGAAGACGGUUUUCUUGCGAAUGUCAGCCGUCAGGUCCGAGGCAAUCGGUAUCUCGGGAACGUAUGUCGUUUUUCGCAAUCCUUUGUGUAUCCAACGAAUGAUCGAUGUGUUACGAUUACUGUUCACUUGAGAUUAUUUAAAAUUACAUUAUACAUUGUUUCUUUUUAAUGUUGAGAUGAAUCCUGUAUUGUUUAAUUGAAAAAUUACCGGCAAUGACGAAGAAAAUUUAGAGAGAUAUUUUUAAAUUCGAUUAAUAUAAAUUCACAAAAAAAAAAAGUAAAAAAAAGUAAAUAAAAUUUUAAAACAAUAAAGAGAUGUAUUGAUUUCAUUUUUUUAUUUUAAGAUAAGAUACUUCCAUAACGCACAAAAGUUUUAUAAUACAAAUGCAAAUAUAUCUGUAAUCUUCUGCAAUAAGUGUAUUAAAAUACUCAAAUGGUACGAGGAUGUUUACAAAACAUUGAAAACCUUGGAUUAUUGUCUCAGUGGAGAUACUGAGUUACUGCCUGCCAACAAUAGCACACCUACACUCUUUUCAACUAUAUAGUGAAUCUUAUGAUAAAAUAUAAUGGCUGUCAGAAAGGUUUUGUUGGACAUUCAGUGUUAAAUAAAUGAUAUCUGAGUUAAACACAUUAUCCUAUAAAUUCAAAAUACUCUUUAACUACUAAAGAACAAAACGAAAAUCUAUAAAAUUGACUGAAUGUAUAAAUUUAAAACAGAAAGAAAAUAAUAAAAUUUAAUGACUCUAUUUUAUUAUACAAAAAGAAAAAAGAAUAUAUUAAUCUAUAGUCAGAAUAUUCUAUGGUCCUAUCAAAUAAAAUGAUAUAUUUAAAUGAAAGCUUCAAGAAAAGUUUAGAACUACUUUAAUUAUUUUCUUAUAUCAUAUAUUGAGAUGAAAAAGAAAUAAUAUUCUCAAAUUUUUAUUUUUUUGAACUAAUUCAUGAUUAAAAUUUGACAUGAUAUAUAUGUACAUAAAUAAGGUUUUUUAGUUUAUAAAUAUUGAAUAAUUUUGAGUGCAUUUGACAAAUUGAAAUUAAUGUAAACUAUAUCUGUAAAUAAAUCAUAAAAUCAGUGAGUGUUGUUAUAGUGAUUAUUUUUAAACAAAAUGUAUAAAAGUUAUUUUAAACGUUUGCAUCAGUGGUUGUACAUAAUUGAAAAACAGGAAGAAGAAGAAACAAUACAUUUGAAAUUUUGUCUGGAUGAUAGAGGACAAAUUUGUUAACCCUAUAUAAAGCAAGGGUUAAAAAAUGGACAGUAGUUCUGGAGUAGUGCAAGUAUUUGUGGGUGAGUGGAGCCCAGAAUAUGAAGCACUUUCAAUUAAAGCUACAAAACAAACUUCAUCAGCUGAAAUAGUGGAGUGUAUUAUAGAAAGACUUGGAUUAAUUGAUGCAUCUGUUUCUAAUGCUUAUGAAUUAGCAGAAGUAGUAGGAAACUCUGUUGGGCAAGAAUGUAAAGAAAGAAGACUUGGGCCAUCUGAGUGUCCAGUAGCACUUAUGUUAUUAUGGCCCAAAAAUGCAGCACAACAAGAAUAUUAUAGGUUUUACUUGAGAAAAAAACAACCAGAUUAUUUAUGGUCAGAUAGUAGGUUUCCCAUGGAUCCACAGCUUCUUAAGGAUUAUUUUAAUAGAUUCCUAUAUCAACCACGAGAUAAAGAGUAUCCAGAUCUAUGUCAACUUCCAGAUCUUAAUGAACAAACUCUAUUAGACAACCUUCGGGCUAGGUUUUUAGCUGGAAACAUAUAUACAUAUGUGGGCAGUAUAUUAAUUGCAUUGAAUCCAUUUAAAUUUUAUCCUAUUUACAAUCCAAAAUAUGUAAAACUCUAUCAAAAUAGAAGAUUGGGGCCAGAUAUACCUCCGCAUAUAUUUGCCAUAGCUGAUGCAGCUUAUCAUUGUAUGCUUAAAGAAAAAAGAAAUCAAUGUAUUGUUAUUAGUGGUGAAAGUGGAUCUGGUAAAACAGAAUCAACAAAUUUUUUAUUACAUCAUUUGACAGCAUUAAGUCAAAAAGGUUCUCAUGGUAGUGGUGUUGAACAAACAAUACUCAGUGCUGGUCCAGUACUGGAAGCAUUUGGAAAUGCAAAAACUGCACAUAACAAUAAUAGUAGUCGUUUUGGCAAAUUUAUCCAAGUGAAUUAUAAAGAAAAUGGAAUGGUGCAUGGGGCGGUUGUACAAAAGUAUCUUUUGGAAAAAUCAAGAAUAGUUUCUCAAGGCAGAAAUGAAAGAAAUUAUCAUGUAUUUUAUUAUCUUUUGGCUGGAGCAAGUGAACAAGAAAAGCAACUUCUGCAUUUAGAAAGUUGUGAUCGUUAUAACUAUUUAAAUAAGAGUGGUUGUUAUGGAUUAGAAAAUGUUGAUGAACGACAUGAAUUCUCAAGACUGAAACAAUCUAUGGAAAUGGUGGGAUUUACUCCAGAAAAGCAGAGACGAUUGUUUGCAGUUCUAUCAGCUGUUCUUUUACUUGGUAAUGUGGAAUUUCAGCCUAAAAAAUCUUAUCAUCAUCACGACGAAGCUGUAGGAGUUAAAAAUCCUGAAGUGGUUGCAUUGAUAUCUGAAUUACUUAGAGUAAAACAAGAAACUCUUUUGGCUGCACUUACUGCCAAACGUGCAAGAGCUUCAGGAGAAACAUUAGUCAUUAACUAUAGACUUCCAGAAGCAAUUGCAGCAAGAGAUGCUAUGGCUAAAUGUCUGUAUGGAGCUUUAUUUGAUUGGAUUGUACUUCAGGUGAAUCAUGCUUUGCUUUCUAAGAAAGAUACCCUUAGAGAUCAUCAAGGUAAUAGCAUAGGUGUACUAGAUAUUUUUGGUUUUGAGGAUUUUAAAAUGUGCAAUAGCUUUGAACAAUUAUGUAUAAAUUAUGCAAACGAACAAUUACAACACUAUUUCAAUCAGCAUGUUUUUCAAUAUGAACAACGAGAGUACAGAAAACAGGGGAUUAGAUGGACAGAUAUAGGAUACAGUGAUAAUUCAGGUUGUUUAAAUUUAAUAGAAGGAAAACCAAAUGGUCUUCUUUGUCUCUUAGACGAUCAGUGCAACUUUCCGGGUGCAACGAAUGAGACACUGCUACAAAAAUUUAAUUCAGUGCAUAAAGACAAUCUAUUUUAUGAAGCGCCACAACGACGCGAAGCAGCUUUUGUUGUACGGCAUUAUGCAGGAGCUGUUAAGUAUCAAGCUGCUAAUAUGAGAGAAAAAAAUCUGGAUUUAAUGCGACCUGAUGGUGUUGUUGGGGUAUUGAAAAAUUCUUCUCUUGCUUUUGUUCGAGAAUUAGUGGGUGCAGAUCCGGUUGCUGUAUUUAGGUGGGCGAUACUUCGAGCAUUUUUUCGUGCUCAUUUUGCUUUUCAAGAAGCAGGUCGAGCUCAUAGACAUGGUCGAGCUGAUGGUACAAAAACGUCUAUACAAAAUAGGUAUAGGACACCGAACGAGAAUUUGAUAAGUUCGCACAAACAUAAUCGUCCACCAAGUUAUCAGAAGCAGCGCAGUGUCUGUAUACCAUCAACUAUACCCACUACCACAUUAUCUUCUAUACAACUCGAAAACAACGAUAAUGUAAACAACAACCGAUUGUCGUGGCCACAAUUUCGAAACAUUAAUCAAACGCAACACUCAUCAAAUGUAACCACGAUGAAGGGUUAUUUAAUAAGAGGCAGGGAAGACCACCCUCAUAGUAAUAAUAAACUCAGGCGAGAUACUCAUAGUCCGCUAGAGAGGGUGCUUCCAAAAGACGAAGCAAAUGUCAUGGAACGCGCUAAUCAAAUAGUCAUGAAAAAUAAAUCAUUUCGACCAAGAGAACGUGGUAAGAAGGGUUUAAAAAAUCUACAAACUGUAAAAACACUUGCUGGAAGAACGCAGAGUUAUGGUACAGGACCUGGAAAAGCAAGAAAACAACCUAUGACAGUAUCAGCACAAUUUCAACAAAGUCUGCAUAGUCUUAUGGAUACUUUAAAUCAAGCAAAUCCUUUCUUCAUUAGAUGUAUUAAAAGCAAUGCUAAUAAAGUACCAAAUGAAUUUGACGAGGAAACGGUGCAACGACAAUUAAGAUAUACAGGAAUGUUAGAAACAGUCAGAAUAAGACAAGCUGGAUUUAAUGUUAGAUUAACUUAUGAAGAAUUUAUUCAAUUAUAUAGAAUGUUAUUACCUAAGGGUUUGUUAAGUUCUCAGUCUGAUGUUAGAGAUUUUUUAUUGACAUUAAAUUUAAAUAGAGAUAAUUAUCAACUUGGAACAACUAAAGUAUUUCUUCGGGAAUCAGAAAAAAUUAAAUUAGAUAUCGAAUUACACCAACAAAUUAUUACAAGUAUUACAACUAUACAAAAAUGGUUUCGUGCUUGUUUGGAAAGAAGAAAAUUCCUUAGAUUGAAAAAUGCAGUUGUGCAAAUACAAUCAUUUUGGAGAAUGAUUAUGGCUCAAAGAUAUGCGCAUUCUCUACGAGCUAGAAUUGAGGCUUCCAUUCAUAUUCAAUCUACUUGGAGGGCAUAUAAACAACAUAGCUGGUAUAAGAAACUGAAAUCGUGUGUAAUUACUUUUCAAGCCCAUGUUCGAGGUAACAGAGCAAGAAAAGCUUUUGCAGAAUUAAAGAAACGAAAAAAAUUGCCUAUUGAUGAAAUUAGAGAAUGUAAAGAUAUUCAAAAUCAAGGAGAACUCGUACAUGACAACAACAAGGUGUAUUCUAAGCUCAGGAAUAGUGAAGAGUCACUCAUAGAUCAUGGAAUGUUAGAAUUUAAUACGGUUCGUAAGACGGAAUCUCAAAAUCGUUUUACAUCAGCGAGGAUGGAAAACGUGUUACGAGAUAAUCCAAUUGACACAAGUAUGUCAUAUUCGAAGCGUAAAGUUAUACCAAAUACACCAAAUACAAGAAUAUUACACGAACCUAAUACAAUCUUAAGAAAUACGGAUUCUUUUCCUUCGGAUGAAUUUAAUGAGCGUAAAAGCAGUUUAGAAAGUUUGACUAGUUUAAGGAGUUAUGAAUCUCAAAUGAGCGUUAAUAGUUCUGAGUCUCAAGACAAUUCUUACAGUAAACCGAUACCAAGCACUAGAACGAAACGUAGUGAUCAAUCUUCAAUAAUUGCAACAAACACAAAUUUAGUAAAUGCUUUAAGCCGAUUGCCGUCUGUUAAUAAACGAGCAGACAGUUCGUCGACAGGAUAUAGCGAUGGAGAGACUGAUACAGAAAUUCCAAGUACUGUGCAAAGUGCCCCACCUAUCUUUAACACCACUCCAUCAUUUUCAAGUCCACGAGAAGUUUCAUAUCAUCAAUCUAACGUAAGCUUAACACAUAGUCCAAAUUCUGAUGUCUGGCGUCGAAGACCAGAGUUUUCGUCCAUUAAUUAUAGCGAAUAUUUAAUGUCUGGUCCACAAAAAUCAACGUUAACGCGUUCUCCAAAUGUAUCCCAAUAUAAAAGUUUAGCAGAUAACUUAUUCGAACAAACGCAAGAAAAGCCAAACGAAGCAGCAAAUUAUAAUGUGAAAUUAGACAGUGAUCGUUUUGUUCAUAUAGAAUCUUCGUCAACUCGAGAACAGCGUCGAUUAAGUGAUAAUAGCGUAUCGAGCGAGCGAAUAGAAAAUAUUCCAGCUUCACCCAUUAGACGCGAUCACGCUUAUGUUCAUAGUAAAGAAAUUAAAGAUUUUAGUUACUUAAGAAGACAAAAUUCGGAAGGAGAUACAUCUAUGAAAUUAGAUGCCGAUGAAAAUGUUUUAAAAAGUCCUUUGUUGAAAGGAACUUCCUCUAAGGAGAAAAAUUUGAGAUCAAAGGAAAAAUGCGAACCUGAUGUGCCUGUCAGAAGCGCUAGACGGAAUCGACCUACUCGAGAAGUUCAAUGUCGAUCCAUGGGUGAGAGCGUAUCGGAAACGAAUAGCGGAGAAGCAAAAUUUCUGGGUACGAUUAAGGAAAGUGAUCUACAUAAAUCGACAAAUGUGCGAACUCGAAAAGAUAGUCCGCAUGAAACAUCUUCGAGAUCAGUGGCAGAUUGGCCUAUGAACAAAAAUGAAGGAACAUCGAAAACUCAACAACCAGGUAAACGUUUAAGAUCCAAUGCUAUAACAACGUUAGAGUUAAGAAGAAGAAAUUCGGAUCCAGCAACUAAAAUAUCAGGACUUAGCGAAGAAAAACCUGGAACUGAUACGAGUCCCAAUGACUUAAAACUUGCACCUGGAAUGGAUCUUUUAGAAUGGAAGGGCAAUCUUUUUACAUUAGCCGGCCAUUGUUUUAGGAAAGUAGCAAGAUUUGCCAAAGACGAUGUAUGCGUUUGUUGUCAUGAAAAAAUGGAUGCGUUUGUUACACAAGGGUACAAAUGUAUCGACUGUAAACAGUUGUAUCACGUGAAAUGUAUUCAGAAUGGCGGAGUACUUAAAAUGCCCUGUAUAUUAGCGAAUACUCCAAACAGACGAAAAAAUAGGAAACCACCAAGAACACCUUACGACGCUUCGAAACAAGUAGUGGCAUCGAAAUUCAGUUUAACCGGUACAUCGGUGUUCUCCGAUAGUACCGAUAAAAUUAUAUCCGAUGCAAAGGAAUUAGCUCUUAUGCAGGAUUUCAUUACCAAAAAAAUAUACAUAAUGGAAGGCCAAGAAGAAGGCAGAAAACCCAGCGAGGUUGAUCGCGUAUUCAAACAGGCUUUACGUAAAUUUAAGGACGAUCUUGUGAUUACUUAUAGCGUUGCUAUUCAGCAGGGUGUCGAGGGUAAUAUCAAAUACACUGAUCUAAUAGCGAACUUUUUACACGUAAUGGAAACAGUCUGCAAACAAGAAAAUACCAGUGAAGAUUUUCCCGUGACGAUGGGAGUUAACGCGUUUAGAGGAUUUAUGAAUGAAUUUAUGACGCUAGUCAAAACAGAAGCACCGGAGAAACAGAGUAAAAGCAAGCGUAAGAAGGAAAAGAAACGGAAACACGAGGAACCAACACGACAUGGUAAUCAUAUGUUCCAAUUAACUAUUAUAAAUAUACCUACAGCCUGUGAAGUGUGUACGUCAUUCUUUAUGUGGCCUAUUGAACGAGGACUCGUCUGUCAGAAUUGUAAGUUAACGUGCCACAAAAAAUGUUAUAUGAAAGCAUCGGCGGAAUGUGGAAAAGAAGCUUUACACGAAAUGAAUUCGCACAAGGUAUUUGGUGUACCGUUAUAUAAAUUAGAUUGUGGUGACGGUAAGGUACCGAUAGUGGUAGAUCGGUUAAUCACGACUAUAGAAAUGCAUGGUCUUUAUACGGAAGGUAUAUAUCGAAAAAGCGGUGUCAGUUCUAAAGUGAAAGAAUUGAAAUUAAAAAUGGACGAAGGUGAUCUCGAAGGAGUGGAUUUCGAAAAUUAUCAAGUACACGUGCUUGCGGCAGUAUUGAAAAGUUUCUUUCGUGAUAUGCCUGAACCUCUGCUCACUUUUGAGUAUUACGAUGAUUUUCUGCACGCUGCGAAUUUAACGGACCCACGGGAUCGAAUUAGCACCCUAUUCGCCAUUUUGAAAAAGCUACCAAAGCCGAAUUUCGACCUAAUGGAACGAUUGAUCGUUCAUUUAGCCAGAGUAGCACUUCACGAGGUCGACAAUCGAAUGUCUCCAUCGGCUCUAGCAAUAGUCUUCGCACCAUGUAUUCUGAGAACGAACAGAACGCUGCCUGCGCAAGAUUCGUUGCAAGAUGUUGGCAGGCAAACAUGUUGCGUUGAAACGAUCGUACAAGAAAAAUUGAGGGUCGUACGAGCAACUUUAGCCGACAUAAAUACACUCGAAUCCGCUUGUCACACAGCUACUCAUCGUUUAUCCAGUUUACGAUCUUCCAAAAUCUUCAGUCCAGAAGAGCUAAACACGGCAACUCCAAUCGUAACCGCUAGAGGCGCUACUGCAGAUCGAGACAGGGAUCGAGGGGACGAAGAAGAGGCGCUUCUCGUCGACCAUAUACAGGAAAUCCAAAAGGAAAAGGCCCUACUAACUUCAACUCUUCCCAGCCUAACGAGAGCUUCUUCGGAUGAUGACCUACUUUUAUCUGCUACGGAUUUGGAUGAUGGAUCUCUUGAUGAUCUUCUUCCAUCUUCCGCCGGUAAAUUUUUAUGCUUAAGCGUUCAAGAUGGACUCGUAAGAAAGAAACCUAUCCAGAGGCAAAGUUCUACGGACAAUGCAUUUCCGACGAUCAUCAGUGUCGAUGAAGAUAUGGUAAUGGUAUGACCAUCCACGGUAAACGUUACCACAAAGAAUGAUAAUCGUUAAAUGUAGCAACAUGACACGCGCUGUGAAGCGUUGACUGAUGGCAGCGAAUCGACGAGUCUUACUUCUGGUCUCAUCGGCAAGCCGCUAGUAAUUUAAAUAAGUAGAAACACGAUAUUAGGUAGGUCUAGUAAUUUGUUCCACGCGAAAUUAAACUGAUAAUUCGAUCAAACGUAUAUAUAUAUAUAUAUAUAUAUAUAUAUGAACACACACGCAUAUAUAUAUUAUUUUUCACUCUGUCGCAAAGCUUUCAGAGAUUUCUAAAAAAACGAUUACAACAAAAUACGCGAAAAUACAACUUCACAAGAAGUGUAUUUAAUAUUCAUUUUGUAAGCUAUUUUUCUUCUGGAACGCAUUCCUCUUAUCGAAGACUGUCAAUCAGAUUAGAUGUUUAGAAAACUUCAUUAAAAAGAAAAAGUUAUAUUUUUCAGAUAUUCUAUGAUGGAAUAUCUCCUCUUGUUUCGAUAUAUCUCAUAUUUCAUUUUUUUCUAUGAUUGACACGGAGGAUCAUAGUUAUCUUAUAAUACAAAAUGGGAAAGAAAACUGAAUAAUGUUUAUCAGUUAUUGUUACGAAUGUUUAGUCGCAUUUAAAUUCUCGUUCGAUCCAGGUUUUAUCGGUUCGUUUGAAAACGAUCCAUUCUUGUUCUCUAUUCUUUUUACAGAUUUUAUGGACUGUUGCGUUGUUGUGUGAAUCAAUAGUAACUUCUUUUUUUCCUAACAGAAGCGCAGAAGUUUAUGCUGGUUUUUUUUUGACAAUCGCCAAGUUUAGAAGCGAAAAUUCUCAUUCGUUUCUUUUUAUUAGCACAAUGAUGAAAGAAACGGCGAUGAAAAAUGAAAAGAGCAAUGUACUUCGAUCGAAGACUUGAGAAAAAGGAGAAUUAGUAAGGCACUUCGUCAGAUUUCGUUUUUACCAAGCAUAUUUCGUUCACUUUUUUUUUUCUUUUUUUUUUCUUUUUUUUAUACAUAGAAUACUCGCGCGCAAUAGUGUUAUCGAAUCACGCGGAAAGAAGUAAAAAACCAAAUUAUAACUUGUACAUAUUAUUAGGUUAUCCGAGAAGUUCUUGCCGAUUUUUAUACCGUUGCUCGGAUCGAUAUUUUGACCGUAUGGAUGAUUUGAAUCCUGUUAAAAGCGUAAUCAUCGAAUCCUUUUAUAAUUUCUUUUUAUUUUUGGCAAAAACAAGUCAAUGUAAAUCUGUUUUAAUUAUUUAUCAAAAUAUUCAUUGAUACUACUUUGCAUUGUAUAUGAAUGUCAUUAAAUUUUUUUUACUUAUUAAAUAAUGUUAUUUUUAGGUCGCAGUCCUGAUUUUUUUCGUCACAACAAUAAUUCUGUUUUUUUGAUAAUACGUGAAUAUGAUCGAUAAAAUUGGCUAUACAUGUUGCAAUGAAUCUGUCAAGCUCGCCUUUUAUCGAAACUUGUGUAGCUGAUUUACGAAAGGUAAAAACUUCUCGAGUCACCCGAUAUAUGCGAUAAUGAAUAUCUCGUAAUAAUUUGUUAUUAUUGUUAACUUUACGAGAGUCGUUACCAAGAUUAUAUUUCUACUGUCGAUAUUCGCCGUGUAGAAUUUACACAUGCCUAUAUUCUGUCGAUAAAGUAAGUACGUAGAACACAAACACACACACACGGCCUUCCAAUUAUUUUCUUUCAUAUCAGUUUUUACUUAGGCUAUUUUUUUUUCAUACAGAGAGACUUUAUAUAUAUAUACAUAUAUACAUAAACGAGUUCGAGCGAACAUGUAUUAAUAUAUAGGUAUAUACACAUAUACAUACACAUGGGGUACACUUGUGUAUACACGAGUACUUAUGUAUAUAUGAAGAUUUUUUUUGUAUACACCGACGGUUGUCUCAACACACGGUUUUUUUUUCUUUUUUUUUUUUUUACUUGAGAUUUAUUACGAUUUCGUUUUAAUUUCCUUGUCGUACAUCGUACUUUUUUUUUUUAUUUUUUUUAGUUUCCGCUUUCUUUAUGCUCAUCUCCCCAUUUUUUUAAUACACCGCUAUAGUAUAUAGUUGGUCUGUUUUUCUUUCGUACGUCCUCGCGCCAGACUCGAAUACUAAAACAAUUGAAAGAGUCAGGAAGUUGUUCGAGUGAAGCGGUAGAACAAAAAAUAUUUCGAGGUCGCGUUUCGCGAAAAGUGGAAAAAAAAAAAGAAAAGAAAGAAAGAAAGAAAGAAAGAAAGAAAAAAGUCACUUCUAUUCGAACAUUUCUGAUUUAUUCAAGCUUUUUAUUCAAGCAUUUAAUCAAAAACCCUAUUGUAUCAUUUUAAUUUUAAUUCAACGACGAAGCGUCACGAUUUUCCUCAAAAAUUUAAUAUUUCAUUUUUUUUUUAUUUCUAUUAAUAUCGUUUAAAAUCAUCCUCCUUUCGCGAGAUAUUUAAUUUAAAAUAUUUUAUAAUACUUUGUAUUCGAUCACUUUUAAUUCGAUAUUUUUUUCUUUCCUCGUUUAAUCGCUCGACUUCACCAACGUUUCGUUAGCGCGCUUUAAAUCUAAUCAAACGAUCGGCCACGAAUAGAGAGAGGAUCUCUCUGUAAAAGGAAGGGAAUAUUUAUACACGUAUAUGGUACACGUACAUGUUCCAAGCUGUGUAGAAAUAUCUUUUAGCAGCGUGUAAAUCGAGCGAUUCGAACAGGUCGAAUCGAAUCGUUCCUUGUUAAAUUAUCGGGCCACGCGUGACUUUUACCCAAGUAACUAUUAGGAUUAAGUUGGAAAAUUUGGAAAAAGGGCACGCGACUUCUUUCAAAAUAACCGCCAUUUCUUCUUUUUAUCUGUUUCUCCUUUUCUUCCUCAAUCGACUCGCGAAAUUUACGUGAUUACGUACGUUUUAAAAAUGAUCGAUCAAGAAUCUCAAUUGUUUUAAAUGUAUCUAGGUAUGCUCUUCUUCUAACGCUCAUCUUGGAUGAUUUUUCGAAACUGUUAGGGUGAGCGUAAAAUUCUUCGUUUUACGGUUGAUCGAUUUUUACACUUAUUAGAAUAAGAUCGUUGUGACAUGUGUUUUGUUCUUUAUUACGCGAAUCGUGGAUCGUAGCGUAGUGUUUUUUUUUUAAAUGUUGAAAUGUUAUACCAUUUUCUCGAGUUCGAGGCUUCUACGAUGUUGGUCAUGACCAUUCGAAACGACGAUUGGUCGAUUCAGUCGAAUGAUUUUUUUCUCGAAACAACAAGAUUCUUGGUUCAUCGUGUUCUUGAAUCAUCGACAUUGACUAUCGUGAAAAGAAGCAUUACACGAAUGCACGUGCAUGUCCAUUAUCGAUCGAAGAAAAACACGCGUGUUAUUAAUCCGAUAAAGGUUCUUUUAUCUUGAUCAGUAUUAAUCAUCCUUUCACGUUACAGUUCCACGUUAUACACUGGAAUUUGUUCUUUUAGCGUUCUAUAGCCUUCUUCUCAAAUAUCGAUUCGAGUUUCCUAGCAACCUGCUACUUUGUACCAGGACAAUUUUCCUCAAUUAUUUCUUAAAUGAUAAUACUUGGCCAAGCUUUUAAGAAGCUUAUCAGCUCAAUAUCUGUUAAUUAGUUUCAAUAAAUAUUAAUCAAAUCAACUAAUUAUGGAUUAUAUUUCUCGAUUUUUAUUUCUCUUCGUUCUUUUUUUUUUUUUAUCGAUAGAUAAUGGACGGUGUGUACAGAUGGACGAUAAGAGAAGAACACAUUGGUUAGCGUUAAACAUUCUUUAUGCUGAAAACGUUACUGUUAAUUUCAGUAUCUAGAAAGUGUUCUGUAAAGAUUUCUUCGGGCAAAGUAAGUGUUUGUUGUUUAAGAGAGGCAAAAAGGGUUGAUUAAAAAAUAGGUUUGAUUUUCGUUUCGCCUAGUCUGUUAUCGCUUUUUAUCGAGAUCAAUUGUUGAAUCAGUCUUCUGACUUUUUCGUCCUCCUUUAGAGACGCGCACGUUUCUGUUUUUUUUUUUUUAUCCUUCGAGAAAUUUAUUAUUAGGGGGGGGCCGGCCACGGUUCUACAGCUUGUAAAUCACGUUAGAGUUUUUCCACCGUGGCGCAGCUGGGGUUUAGUCUUUUUAACCACGUUAAGUGAAUAAGAACUUAAUCGUUAAAGUUAAUCUGUAGACGAUCGUUUUAACGCAAACGCAUUACGCUUCUAUUGUGCAAAAAAAAAAAAAAAGAAAAAAAAAAGGUGCUUCGCGCGAGUAUCGAGCGCACAAAAAUAUCAUCCACUUCGAUCGUGAAGGGGGAAAGCGAACAAGGAUUGGAAAGAACGACGACAAUAUGGAUCGUGGCAUUCUGAUUAUUUUCUCGACGACUCCUCGUCUCGUAAAGCGAAAAUUUCACGUUAUAUUCGUGAUCUCGCGCAGAAUAAUCGAUGAAAUUUGGUUUUCCGCAGUUCUCGAGCGUCGUCGAAAUUAUUAACCGUGUUUGCCCACGAUUCAUAAUCGAGUCAUUGAUAUUACGGAGCGAUCGAUCUUCAAAUCGGUCGCGUCAAUGAACGAAUAAGAUUCGUUUCAUUGGAGAUUCUUCUACUCUGCCGUAUCGCGAGCCGCACGAUCUGUGUUUGUACAUAGGCGCGAGAAAAAGAAAACGGAACUCUUCAUGACAAUAUCGCCCCGAAAAAUUCCUAAUUAGCUCGAUCGCGCGCGGCCGUAUGCCGACCACGAUCUUCUCGUCACACUCCAUUCUAUAUUUUUGUCUUCCGUGGACUUCCGCGGUUCACGACGACGGUUUCAAACUUGGAUGGCCUCGCCCAUCGAUUAACAAAUGAACCUUACCAGAACCUAAGCUCGCGUCGAUUUUGCUCGUCGAAAAAAAUCUCUGCGGAAUGAAACGGGAAAAGAAAAAAAAAAAAAAAAGAUCGCCCGAUGAAACUGCUACUGCGACGAGAGAAAUUAUCGUCCUUGUUUUUUCGGCCGAAUUCUAUCGUAGAAUUCUUCUAAAUACGCUUAUUACAGUUACAGAGCCGACAACGUUUCGCGUUGUCACGGAGGAAGCCUACCCUUUGCCCCUCAUCCGUACCGAUCUUCUGUCGGCGAUCGUUGGCACGAACGAUCGUCGGCAACGAAAGGACGUACUUUCGCUCGUAGUAGGUGCAGUACAGACGCGGCCUUUUUUUCGUUUUUACGAGCAUCGUGCGUGAGUAUUCAUCGGCAUGCAAUCUCGAGUGUGUGCGAUUCGAUACCGUGCCACGAACGAGGAAAAUCGUCGAGGAAAGUCGACGGGGUUGCUCGAAACUCCGAAAACUCGAGGUGUCUGGUAUCGAUCUGGGGUGGAGGAGGGGGGAUGGGGGCAAAGGAACAGAUUCAUGCGAUGUUCAACGAUUAUAACAACACCGAAACGUCGGGACAUUAAAAAGGCUCUUCCCAUUUGUGUCUUGGCGUAAAAAUCUAAAAGAUCACGAUCGCGCGAUCGGUGUAUCCACAUUCGUCGUGCUUAUUCCAAACUUCUGAAGAGAAGUGAUUAAUUGGAUCGUUCGAUCUUGCGCUCCAUCGUAAAGUGAAUGUUGAUCGAUAAAGCGCGCUUUCUUAUAACUUCUUCCUUCCUCAAGAAUGGACAUUUGCCCAAUGCGCGACGAGUUUGGACAUCCCGUUCAUUGUAUUUAUACAUAUAUAAUAUACAUACCUGUUAUUUUUCUUCGAACAAAAAAAAAAAGAAAAAGCGUGAGCGUGUACGUGUGAUAAACGUAGAAACGGAGAUAGAGAGAGCAGGCAUGAUGGUGUGUCGCACGAAGGACGAUAUAAAUAUACAUAUAUAAAUAUAUGAUUAUAUAUAUAAAUACGUAGAAGUAUGUGUGCAGAAAUCGUGUAGGAGUGCGUAAACAGUCUUGUUGGGCGGCUAAUUCUUUUGUCGCUCGAUUUAAACAGCGCGAGUGCGCACGCGCGACCGGCGCGUCGUUGCGUGCAUGCGCCGGCGCGAGAUGGCGCGCUUUUCGAAUAUACAUACAUACAUACAUACAUAUAUAUAUAUAUAUAUAAAUAUCAUAUAUAUAUAUAUACAUAUAUAUAUAUAUAUAAAUAUCAUAUAUAUAUAUAUACAUAUAUAUAUAUAUAUAUACAUAUGUGUAUAUCUGUAUAAAACUAAUAAUAGACACGCAAGGGUCGAAAAGAGCGGAGAAUUUCACAGCAGUAAACAUAGCUUCCACUUCUUUUCUUCGUUCCAUGUAGCCAUGAGUUUUAAAUAUAGCCUGUUAAUCUCCGUUCUUUUCCACUUACGAGCUUCCGCGGAACAGAACGAUAUUCUCAAACAAUUCCACAAAAAAAAAACCUGCCACGCUCGCCCUCAUCCACACUCUUCUCAGUUCUUCCUCCACCCCACGUUCUUUCGUUUCUCUUCCUGAUCUUUCUCCGAUCAACCGCGGCUACCAUCUCGAUAUUAGUAGUAUACCGUACCGCUGCGCUCAAAUCUUCUUUGGCGUGUUCAUCUUUCGGCUGCCUGUUUGUCGUUGUCUGGUUGUGUGAUGCGAUGCGAUGCGAUGCGUUGCGUGCGUGCGUGGCGUCGAAACGUAAAAAAACGUCGGAUGUGGGUUCGACGAGUUUUCGUGCUAUUCCCAACCGUGGGACGAUAAUUAUAUCCGGAGGAAGAAAAUUCGCGAAUGAAAAGCUACUCGAUUCUUGUCAAAGCGGACAAAAUGCGUGUUGCGACGGGUUGUACUCACGAAAUGUGAAUACGUGGCGUCUCGUACAGGUCUCGAACCAUCACGUUCCUUUUCACGACUCGAACUUUCCCUCACGAUGUGAACUCUCUAACAGAGUAACCGCGGAACGAGUUUCAGUUGCCGAGAUCGAGAAAAACUUGCGCUCGUAACGAUCGUUCCAACCACGUGGAACUUGGAGAUCGACCGAUAGUACGACAGUCUCGAUGGAUUCAAUGGAUAAUCCUCGGCCGUAUUAAGAGCAGAUUUCACUGGUCACGCGUGCGGAUAAUUGCGCGGCGAAUCCAAAGAGAGCGCGAGCCUGUUCCCUUUGAUCUCACAGGUUUCCGAUUUUCCAUUCGUUUCGUUCAUUCGAUUUUUCACAGAUUCAUCGAAGAGACUUCUCUCUCUCUCUCUCUCUCUCUCUUUAUCUUUCUCUCGAAGAGAGACGAUUCUAUGUCUCGAUUUACGCUCGAUCGCACGUUUUCACACCCUAAUCAGCGGGGAUUAGCUAGAGUAUCGAAGUGAAACGAGUAGUCUUAGCCAUAGGGAUAUUGGCAACGAACGAAAAAAACGAUGAUGCACGGUGAUACACGCGUAAUGCGCGACAUCUUGUUUUUUUUCUUUUUUUUUUUUACUAUUACCCCUUUUUUCUUUUCUCUCCACGGCCAUCGAAGUUGGCAAUAAAACGCGAAUAAGAGUCGAGCCUCUGAUGGUCUUGUACGUUCUCGAAAUACGAGUCUCUUCGUUUUCCGCCACAGUUACGUCUCGACAACGAUGGUCCUCGUUUCGAGGGACAACGAACGUGCUCCCUUUUCCCCCUUUUAUCCCGUAUCUUCCUGCCUUUUUGUUUCGCUUCUCCCACGCAGAAUACACUGGGAACGGUUCUGUUACGUGUCUGCCGAAUAGAUGGCACUUGUUCUUUUCUCCGUCGGGAUUUACCAGAAAAUGGGAUUUUCCACUCGAUUUUUUUUUUGUCCCUUCUUUAAAAACUUUCCUUUUCGAAGCUAGACGUAUUCGAAGAUUAACGAGCCGAAUUAAACAUCUUUAAAGGUUUUAUUUUUCAGUGAAUUUUGCCUGUGAGAAAUCGAGAUGGAAAAGAAAGAAGAAAAAAUAAAAAUCGAAAACGAAAAGAGAGAGAUUACAACCCCUACUAAGAUUUAACGCGCAUUACGUGUAAUUUUAAAAUUAAAUUUGCCGAACGAUUAUAUAUAUAUUAUCGAUACUUCGUCGUCAUCGUGAUUUCGAAGAAUUUUCUUGUACGCGAUUUCCUUUUCCGCAACAACGAUACGAGUCGAGGUUGGAUCGAAAAUCGAGGAAGAUAGUCGGCGUGUGGGAGAUCGCGAGAAGGAUUGCGAGUGACGCGCGCGUUCCCCAAGUUACGACCGUUUGCUAUACUUGCAUACGUGUCUGUCGUGAAUUUAGGAGGGAAGGUUUAAGCGAGUUCAUCCGGCGAAUCUGUAAUAACGUUUACUCGAGCUCUAGAGAGAGGGUGUUUCGCGUUUAUGUGUGCAUGUGUGCGCGUGUACGUGUCGCCUGUCUGCGUGUGGUUAUAUCAUAUGAUGCGUCCGCGAGAGACUGUGUGCGAGGUUACUCUCCGUGAUCGACUGUAAUUUUAUAUAAUAUUUGUAAGGCAAAAGAAAUAUUAUGUACAGCAUACCUGACAGUAAAUAAUAAGUAUCUACCUUAUACCUAA